GAUAUUUGUGAUAGCUAAUUAGCUAUCACUCCUAUUUUAUUUUAGUAUUUUAGUAAAUUAGGAUAUUCCUUUAUUUAUUUUGGGUGAUUCACACUUUCCACGAGUUCUUUGAUAUUUUCUUUUUUCCGGUGACACAUAAACAAAACAAAAAAAAGCUUCAAAAUUUUCAGUUUCAGUUUCAGUUUCCGUUUCAACCGUUUCGCGAUGUCUCUUCUCUCUUCCACUCUUCGCGUUCCUCUCAUCUUCUCCCAAAACCCUAAACCUUCUUCUCUCUCAUCUCUUCAAUCUCGAAUCUCUCUCUCUCCUCGCUCUCCACGUUUCCCUUCUCUUCGCUUCAUCGCCGCCGGCGACAUCGGCGACGCCGAUAUACCAUCUCCCAAAAUCACCGACGAGUGGGGCGAGAAAUCUGAACCUGUACCCGAAGCUAAACCGUCUUUAUCCUCCAAGGUUUCAAGUUCGGUUCCUUCCAAGAACGAGGAUGAAUGGGGGAAAGAAGCGGGAGCGGGAGCGGGAGCGGGAACUGAUGCUGGAAGCUAUAGCGAUGCCGGAAAUGGAACUUUUACUGCGGAAACUCCGGUGGAGGAGGGAGUUGGUGAUGAGAAUGAGGGGCUGAAGCGUGCUCUUGUUGAUACUGUCUUUGGGACUGAGCUUGGGUUCCGAGCUGGGUCGGAGGUUCGAGCUGAGGUAUCUGAGUUGGUGGCUCAAUUGGAAGCUGCUAAUCCUACUCCCGCUCCGGUAGAGGAACUUGAGCUUCUAAGUGGAAAUUGGGUGUUGCUGUACACAGCAUCUUCUGAACUGUUGCCCCUUCUAGCAGCAGGAUCAUUACCUUUGUUGAAGGUGGAUAAAAUCUUGCAAACAAUUGAUACUGAUAGUUUCACUAUUAUAAACUCUGUGACAUUGUCUAGCCCUGUUGCCUCAUUGUCAUUCAGUGCAUCUGCCUCAUUUGAAGUCCGAAGCCCUACAAGAGUACAGGUUACUUUCAAAGAAGGAUCAUUUCAACCUCCAGAGAUAAAGUCUAAAAUUGAUCUACCAGAAAACAUAAGUAUUUUUGGCCAAAAUAUUAGCCUAUCACCUCUGCAACAAUCUCUCGGUCCUCUGGAGGGUGUGGUGGGAAACAUAUCUCGUGUCAUUUCAGGUCAGUCACCUCUUAAGAUUCCCAUACCCGGUGAGAGGAGGGCAAGUUCCUGGCUUCUUACCACAUAUCUCGAUAAGGACUUGCGGAUAUCAAGGGGAGAUGGCGGUCUGUUUGUCCUUGCAAGAGAAGGGAGUCCCCUUCUUGAUCAGUAGGAAAGUAAUAAUCUUUUCUUUUUGAUAUUUCACCACCCCAUUUCCCUCUGCCCACCCAAAAUGUUAAAGGUAUAUUCAACAUGUAUCAUUUUUUACCUUCUCAAGCUGUUGUAUAUCUAAAGGAUACAGAACUUAUGACGUAAACCUGUCAUUCUACUAUAUACUAGAAAUCAUUGUGUUCA